AUGGCACCUCGGGGGUUGCAUGUGGAGCUGGAAUUCGUCGGCUCCUUCGAUAUUUACUGUAAAGCAGAGCAUUCACUUUGUAUGGAUUACGUCGAAGUGCGCAACACGAGCGAUUUCGCAAACACAGGGAUGAGGCUGUGCUGCCACAACGCGCCCACCCAACGCAUGUACUCGUCGACCAAUGAAAUGCUGGUUUUAUUUCGCUCAUAUUACAAGCCAGGUCUGGGCUUCAAAGCGUCCGUCCGAGCAGUUCCGGUGCUCGGAAGGUGGGAACAGUGGUCAGAAUGGAGUAGUUGCACUGCUUCAUGCGGAGGUUGUGGUACUCGCAUCAGAGGGAGGAACUGCGAGGACAAUAUGGUCUGCGAUGGCGAAAACACGGUAGUGGCACCAUGCAACACGCAUCCUUGCACGACUUGCACUGAAGAACGUGUGGUCAGCGCUUCGUGCGGACUUUGGGGGAUGUUCCGAUGUGAAAAGUCUCAGACCGUAAACGUUCCUUGCCAAAGCAAGUGCUGCUCUGGAUUCGUUCUGCGCCAUGGUUCAUGCGAAGCGGAAGCGUAA